CAGUAGAAUAUUUCUGACAGAAGCCCCGCACUUAGUGUCCGAGUCGACAAUUUGACGCGUGUUGACAAUAUUCCUGCUUUUUCUACAACUCGACAUAUUUUGGACCAGGUUAAACGCUACGUUAGUUCCCUUACGGCGUAUUCAGUCGAAGCUGGAAUUAAAAUUAUGUGCGUGAGUUUCUACAUGGUUUUUAACGAGUCCACUCAAUAUUAUAAUCGAGUGCUGCAUCAGAAUUAAGCGUGUUACUUGACAAAGUGAUUUUUUGCAAGUCUUCGGAAUAAAAGUAGCGAUAAGCCGGUCAGCCGAGGAGUAGGAAAAAUCUCGGGGCGGCAAAACUAGUGAUUCGGCAGAUUUUACGAGAGAGAGAGAGAGAGAGAGAGAGAGAGACCCCCUCGGGAACAAGUAUGGCGACGGAGGAAAACAGAGAUUGCCCAUUAGCGACGAAGUCGGAUCGAACAGUUUGUCCGAUCAACGUCUGGCGUGUAGUCGAGGUGACGACUGGAGGACUUCGAUUUUCCAUUCAAGAUGUUCCCGAGCACAGAUACGACGAGGCCAUCAAAACCAUGCUCGACUAUUUCGUCGUAGAGGAAGCCACCUGCAAAGCUCUCGAUUUGAAGCACGAUGAAGAUGCACUGGCAGACUUUCGACGUCUUUGGGCUUACUUGUUAGGCUUGGGGAUAAGCGUUGGCGCGUUUAAGCUCGAGGAGGGUAACAAGCUUGGCGAGCUUGUGGGCGUGAAUAUCUUGUAUGUCUCGUCAGUCGAGGUUGACAAAACCUUGGAAGAAAUGACGCAAAAGUUCACAUCACCCGGCUCCAAAAAGUUGUUCGAAUUCAUGAACAGCGUCUCGCAAAAAGUCGACAUUCGCAAAAUAUACAAAGUCGAUAAGUAUAUUGCCGGUUUGGGUUGUAGCGUGAAGCAAGAGUUUCGAGGUCACCAAUUGGGAGUUCAUCUUUUACAAGCGAGGGAUGACAUCGGUCGAAAAUACGAUAUAACUGUAAGCUCGACAGCCUUUACGGGGCCAGCAUCACAGAAGCAAGCAGAGCGCGCCGGUUACCGGAUUGAGUUUGCCCAGGACUACGACAAAGUUUUGGAUGCCAAUGGUGAAGCCUUGUUCCCCAACAUCGACGCUAAGUGUCUUAAGAUAAUGACAAAAGUGUUGCGGUGAGAUGCCAAGGAUCACGGAUCAAUUAAAAUUAUCUCUCGCCGAAUAGUUUGUCUUCCCUAAUGUACUCACCGAUUAAUGGCACGAGAAUGAUGUUGUAACGUUGAAAGCUCGUAAUUCUUGUAAACAGAAAUUAAUAUAUUACAAUCGUUAUAAGCUUUAAUUAAAUUAUUUUUAUCAUCAGCAGUUCAAGCGCAUAUCUUUUUUGAAGUUCUAUUUCUCGUUAAGUGUCAGUAUAAUAAGUUUCUUUCAAUAGAGUAAUUAUAUUUUAUAAUCUGUUUGGAUUUUUAAUUUUAGUGCUUCGUCGUGUUCAAGACGUGUACCAAUAUAUUGUAUCGAUUGUAAGUGGUAGUACAAAAAUAAGUAAAGUAUUGCAUUUUUUAGUAUUUUAAAUCAAGUUUAUUUUAUUAUGCGUUAACAGAAAAUUGUUACCAAACAUUGAAUAAAAAUCAUAC